UCCUCCUCCACUAGCUGCAUCCAGUGUACAGAGCCAAGCCUGACUUCUCAGCUAGGUGCCACAUUCCCCAGCCAUCACCACCAUGGAGCCUCUGGAUACUGAGCUCUGCACCCCCCCGGACCCCAGCAUCAUUCAGCCCUCCUGCAACGGACAGACAGCCACAGGACAGCCCCCCAUGAGGAGCCUGGAGACCCCGAUCCAGAUGGACCAGCAGAUGAAGAUGAGUGAGAGUGGGCAGUUCAGCGAUCUGGUGGAGAACAUAGGUUUAUUAGAAAGCAGCACCAGGCUGAAGCCGCAUGAAGCCCAGAGUUACAGGAAGAAGGCAUUAUGGGUAUCCUGGUUGUCCAUCAUCAUCACGCUGGUCCUGGCUGUAGCGGCUUUCACUGUCUCUGUGAUGAGAUUCAGCGCUUCAUCCUUUGGAUUUGCAUUUGAUGCUGUCCUGGAUGUUUUAUCAUCAGCAAUAGUGCUAUGGCGUUACAGCAAUGCUGCAGCUGUACAUUCAGCACACAGAGAAUACAUGGCCUGUGUGAUCCUGGGUGUAAUCUUCAUGGUGUCAGCUGUCUGUAUCAUUGGGAAGGCGAUCCAUGACCUCUCCAUUCGGGUGAUCCCGGAAGUGGACAGCUUCCUGUUCAGUGUCUCCAUAUUGAGCGGGAUCCUCUGCUCCCUAUUGGCUGCUGUAAAAUUCAUGUUGGGCAGAGUCCUGACGAGUCGAGCGCUGAUCACUGACGGGUUCAACUCGCUGGUUGGCGGCAUCAUGGGGUUCUCCAUUUUGAUCAGCGCCGAGGUUUACAAGCACCACGACACCGUCUGGUAUCUGGAUGGGACUGUCGGGAUUCUGAUCGGACUGAUCAUCAUGAGCUAUGGAAUAAAACUAUUAGUGGACAUGGUCCCUCGAGUCAGACAGACGCGUCACUAUGAGAUGUUCGAAUAAAGGCCGCACGCGGACUCUCCAUUGCCAACAAGUGGCCACAAGUCAUAUACGGUGUUUUUUUUCUUCCCUACAAGUAUUGCUGGCUACUACUGACGUACAUAACAGAACAACAAAACCAAACG